UAACAAAUUUGAGCUAUUCAAUAUCUAAUAGUUAAACUGCAGCUAUUGCAAACUAUGAGAAACUAAGCUUUGUAAAUUUUGAAGCGAUUAAAGAACUCCUAUUCAGUAAAUAAAAAACGGCGAUUAAAGGGUAAAGUCAUAAUGAUACACAUUCAACAUAUCCUUCGCGAUUUUGGAUUCUAUUCAAUUUUAAUAUUUCUCACUGGUUUGAAUAAAAUUGGUUGCACCAAAAAAUGUGAGUUUGAAUUGGAAGCAGUAACGCGGAUUGAUGCCUCGCAGCUGUAUGUUGUAUUUGACACAAAUUUCCUCGAGUACGAUGAAAAAAAUGAUGUGACAAUUUACCAAAUGCAAGUGCCUUUGGCGGGUAGAAAUGGGACAUUUGCACGUGACGAGUAUGUGUUCCUAAUUGACAAUAACUGUGAGUACCUGGUUCAUGCAGAUGGAAAAGAGACGCACCCAGUCGAAUUUGACGAUGGUCUGUGUAGAACGGGGCUGAAGAUACAUUCAGACAACUUCACUUUUAAGGCCCCAGCUGAGGGUGAUAAGAGCGCCCCUUUGUGGACAGCCCGUUUGUACACUAGGGGAAAGAAUGGCUUUUACAGUGCUCGAACAUAUGCAGCAAAUGCUACGGCCUAUUUGGAAAUGCACCAGGGCUAUAAAGCGCCUAACUGCUUUUGCCGAGAUGGCAAAGGCGUGUUGUGUGACGGAAUCUACCCUCCAGAGGAGAACAUGACUUGCUACUCCAAGCGAAGCAACAGCAACGAGGAAGGACCAGUAAAGUGCGAGAAGUUGAGGAGACAUGAUGGCGUUGACGGCGACCUUACCGAUUACCCGGUCGUUGGAUGUCGUGUGAGUGUGAAUUUGAUUGAAAAGUUGGAGGACAGGUUUCACGAGUGUGCCAGUGCGAAGAAGUGUCCUCAAUACGGCAUGACCCCGGAAGCACCCGGAGAAUUUUCCUACUGCUGUAACACGAACUUGUGUAACCCCUUCGCUGCAACAGAUAAAACAGACUCCGAGUCGUUGCAGACGGAAGAAGAAACAACUAGUAGCGGCGAUUCACAAAUCACUAUUUUUGCAGCUAUUCUGCUGGUAGAAUCUGUAGCAGUCGGACUGCUUUUGUUUUUAUGCAGUUAUUAUAAAUAAGUUAACAAGGCUUCUCUGGUCAAUAUCAGGUCUUGAAUCUUUUAUCUUUUCUCACUGCAUUUAAUUAAAUCAUCAAUUCCCAAU